GACAUCCUUGAAUACUGCUCCCGACUGGACUUUCGUUCUCUUGGACAAACUUCGACCCAACCUGCGACCACCUCAUCGAGUGGAUAUCAACACGCAAUGGAUGGUAAAAUCGUCAACGAUGGACAGGAGCAUAAAUCGUAUGCUUAUUCUCCUGUGCAGCAUCAACAAGCUUUCCCGCAGCCGGUUGUGUCUCCGCAGCCUUCUUUAGGCCAAUUCCCUCCCCAGGCCGUCUCCCCCGAGUCAAUCGCGCGAGAGACAUUCCCCCACCAGUCGCUAUGGAUAGAUCCUCAGAGCCCGAAUCUUCGAGAUACUCCCGACUACGAUAGAACUCACGACAGUCGCAGAGGCCUGAUGGGCCAUGUGCCUGCCAAUGACCCAUACUCCAAGGUCCCUGAUGUACACGUCGUUAAUCGACCUACCGCAGGGGCCUUGCCUGAGUCGGGCCCUUUGAUGUUCAGGAUCAUGAAGAGUCGAUGGUCGAUGAUUGCUUGCUUGGUCAUUGGAGUCGCUGGUGCAGUUGGUCAUCAUUUUUUAUACAUGCAUCUUGAUGGCCGCGAGGCGAAAAACCAACAAUGGUGGAUGCGACUAGGUCAAUUGAUCUCAUUCAUCGCCAACGCGAACUUCAUCCUCGCUGCUGUCAUGGCCCAUCAGCAAGUCGCAUGGCGGGCUGUAGGACAGAAAGGAUUCUCGAUUCACGCCGUUGAUGCCCUAUUCGGAGCUACCCACAACAUCAUCGAGCUUUUCAACAGGGAAGCAUGGAUCAAGUCGUGGUUUGUAAUGUUUCUUGCUUUGUAUAUGUGGCUCAGCCCUCUUGUCGUUAUUCUCUCGUCAGCAUCACUCUACGUCGUACCAGGCGAGAGGAUAGAAGAUACACUCUGCCCAUCAAUCCGAACGUUGAACUUUAGUAAUGAAGCCAAGGAAAGUUUCCAGACACCUAAGAAAGCCGAAGGUGAAGUCAUGAACAGUCGCUCUCUUUCUGGAUACAACUGGACAGCCCCGGACGGAAACCUUGCUGAAGGAGCCGCGGAGGACGACGACAUCUUCGAGUACUAUAACGUUCCUUCUUCUACACUUGAUCGCAUUGCUGCUGGUGUGUUUUCAAGUGGGCAGACAACCCAGAAAGCAAACAUAUCGCUGGAGAUUUGCGGAGAUGGAUGGGAUUGUUCUACGACUGUCCAUUUCGUUGGGCCUGGAUACAAAUGCGAAGAGCUUGCCAACGGAGUCGGGUCCGAGAUGAAGAGCUUCGGAGAUGCCGAAGCGCCCUUCAACCUUAGCCAGCUUGUGCCUGCCUCUAACUUCACCUACUUCGCGAACACCGACCUCGGAGAGUAUAUGCGGCCUCAGAUGGAUAACGUUUCGAUCGGUGGAAUUCCUUCUGAGGUCGAUGGACCGCCUUUUCCCAAGAACCUCGGUGUCUUUCGAACCGAACCCUCCAUCUGGAUUGGCUACGCCGCUGUGGAUGAUCACACCAAGGCUCACGCGAUGGAUAGCAAGGCCGAUGGUUGGAACGAUGACUAUACUCCCAUCAUCUUUGCUUGCGAUCAUUGGGAGGUCAAUUACACCGUCACCUUCAACUUCACCUCGGGAUUUCAGAAGUACAACAUUAUGGAUCGAGACUACAAGCGAAAGAUUAUCGAUACUACCUGGAGCAGCUGGACCAACGAGUCCACGGACGGAACGGCCGAUGGAAACGUUGCAGAGCCGGAGAAGAACUAUGUCAGUCCCCGCAAUGACUACGCUCGAUACCGCCGCAUAGCCGCCUACCAUAGUCUCGGGCUUAGGCUUCGCGAGAAGCUUUUUGGUAAUGUCAAGGUCCAAGGAUCCGUCUUAGCAGACGGUGCCAUUACCACUACCAACCUCCUCGAUAGACAUGAGAGUCUACCCGUCCACGACUUCCAGCAACAGGUCCGCCGCGUAUAUGAGGACUUGAUAAUCUCACUCCUUUCUGACCCUCAGCUCCUUGUCGUAGCAUGGGCUGCCGAUCCAUCUAAGCUUUCUGGGACGGGCAUCGGGGGUGAAGACACGAACUACAAAUGUGAACGUCGACGAAAGGCCAACUUCUUUGACUACGGUUGGCCUGUCCUUGUAGCUGUCUACGCCGUGUCAUUCGUCGUGGCAUCGAUUGGUGUGUACUAUGGCAUUGAUGCUAUGUCAAGUGAUGGAACUUAUGCGCAACGGGUGAUGACUUUCUCUGCUAUCGCGGGAGCUACGAAGAAGGUAACGGUGGAUGAAGUUGAGAAGAGGGAGACUAAGAUCAGGUGCUUCCCAACUGAUCAACGGCCAGGUGAACGGACAUAUGAGUUCAGGGCUGAGUUGGAAGGAUAAUUAGGUAGAGAUAUGUGGAGGAAACAUCGAUUUCGUUGAUGAAGAUGAUAUCUGUACUAUAAUUCUGAUUUCUUAAUAUUACUGUUAAUGUUUAAAAAGAGAAAAUGCUUCAAAUUUCAAG